AUGAAUUGUUUUAAAUUUAUUUCAAUUUUAUUUGUAUUUUUGUUUAUUGGCAUUAUAUAUGCUGAAGAGGUUCUAAGAGUAAAAGAUGCCUGUAGUUCAGAUCCAUAUAUCAUUAGUUCUGAUAAAUGUUAUAAUAGUUGUGGAAAAUCAUUUAAUAUAAAAAAAGAAAAGAAAAAUUAUGUUACCUACAUCUACUCAAGUAAAAAUUGUAAUAGAUUUUCUCUUGAGAUAUUUUCUAUCAAGAGUUUUAGAUGUAAUGGAAAAAACAUCACUUCAUCAAAUUAUAUUUUUAAUUGUAAAGUUGAAACCCCAACUCCAACAACUACUCCAAGUGUUACCCCAAGUGUUACUCCAAGUGAAACUCCCUCCUCGACUCCAAAUCAAUCUGAAAGCUCAUCAAAUGAAUCAUCAAACUCCCGUUCAAGCGAGACUUCAUCAUCAGUAGACAGCUCAUCAUCAACUGAAAGCUCAUCAAAUGAAUCAUCAAAUGGAUCAAACGGAUCAAAUGGAUCAAACGGAUCAAAUGGAUCAAACGGAUCAAAUGGAUCAUCAAAUGGAUCAUCAAAUGGAUCAAUUGAGCCAUCAAGUGAAACUUCAUCUUCAUCAAAUGAAUCCUCAUCAAAUGAGUCCUCAUCAAAUGAAUCUUCAUCAAAUGAAUCUUCAUCAAAUGAAUCUUCAUCAAACGAAUCAUCAUCAAAUGAAUCCUCAUCAAACGAAUCAUCUAAUGGAUCAAAUGGAUCAAUUGAGCCAUCAAGCGAAACUUCAUCCUCAGAAGAUACCUCUUCAUCAGUAGAUAGCACCUCAUCAGGAGAAAGUUCCUCAUCAAUUGAUAGUUCAUCAAGUGAACCAUCAAGUGAAUCAAAUGAACCAUCAAGUGAAUCAAAUGAAUCAUCAAGUGAAUCUAAUGAGUCAUCAAGUGAAUCAAAUGAAUCAUCAAGUGAAUCAAAUGAGUCAUCAAGUGAAUCCUCAAGUGUCUCUUCAAAUGGAUCAUUAAAUCAUUCCUCAAGUGAAUCAUCAAAUCAUUCCUCAAAUGAAAGUUCAUCAAAAGAUAUUGAGGUCCCACACAACAGCGAAAGUGAAUUAGAUAGUGAAUCUAGUGGUACCAAUACAAUAAAACCAAUUUCUUUUAUUAUUUUUAUUUUUGGAAUAAUAUUAGUUAAUUAUUAA